CUGCCCGCGGCCCCCCGCGGCCGCCCUCGGCGGAGCCGCCCGCCCUGCCCGCGCCCCGCGCGUCCGGAAACACGCGUGGAUGUAGCGGCCGGGCCGGGGGCUCCGCGGCACCAUAAAUACCCCGGCGGCCGCUCGCCCGCGCACUCUGCCGGGGCCUCCCGCGGCCGCCGGAGCCAUGCGAGCCGCCGCGCUGCUGCUGGCCCUCCGCACGCUCUGGGCGCUGGCGUUUUCCUCCCUCUCCAACACGCUGGCGGUGAACAACAGCGGGCGAUGGUGGGGCAUCAUCAACGUGGCCUCCUCCACCAACCUGCUGACGGACUCCAAGAACGUGCAGCUGGUGCUGGACCCCAGCCUGCAGCUGCUGAGCCGCAAGCAGCGCAAACUGAUCCGCCAGAACCCCGGCAUCCUGCACAGCGUCAGCUCCGGCCUCCAGACCGCCAUCAAGGAGUGCAAGUGGCAAUUCCGCAACCGCCGCUGGAACUGCCCCACCUCGCAGGGCCCCAACAUCUUCGGCAAAAUCGUCAACCGGGGCUGCCGGGAGACGGCGUUCAUCUUCGCCAUCACCAGCGCCGGUGUGACGCACUCGGUGGCCCGCUCCUGCUCGGAGGGCUCCAUCGAGUCGUGCACCUGCGAUUACCGACGUCGUGGCCCCGGGGGGCCCGACUGGCACUGGGGUGGCUGCAGUGACAACAUUGACUUCGGGCGGCUCUUUGGGAGGGAGUUUGUGGACUCCAGCGAGAAGGGCCGCGACCUGCGCUUCCUCAUGAACCUGCACAACAACGAGGCCGGGCGCAUGACGGUCUUCUCCGAGAUGCGCCAGGAGUGCAAGUGCCACGGCAUGUCGGGCUCGUGCACCGUGCGCACGUGCUGGAUGCGGCUGCCCACCUUCCGCGCCGUGGGCGACGUCCUCAAGGACCGCUUCGAUGGCGCCUCGCGGGUCAUCUACGGCAACAAGGGCAGCAACCGGGCCUCGCGGGUGGAGCUGCACCACCUGGAGCCCGAGAACCCGGCACACAAGCCGCCCUCGCCCCACGACCUCGUCUACUUCGAGAAGUCGCCCAACUUCUGCACCUACAGCGGGAAGAUGGGGACGGCGGGCACGGCCGGGCGCUUCUGCAACAGCUCCUCGCCGGGGCUGGACGGGUGCGAGCUGCUGUGCUGCGGGCGCGGGUACCGCACGCGGACCCAGCGCGUCACCGAGCGCUGCAACUGCACCUUCCACUGGUGCUGCCACGUCAGCUGCCUGAACUGCACCAACACCCAGGUGCUGCACGAGUGCCUGUGAGCCCCCCCGCGCUGCCCCGGAGGGGGUCUGCACCGCCCCCCAUGACGGGUGCCCGCUUGGAUGGAAGGCGCCCACGGGCGGGCGUGUGGCUGCACCCCCUCCCUCCCCGAGCAGAGCGGCCGCAGCCAACCUGGGUGUUCGGCGCUGCGCGUGGUCACGGCUGCCCCCCGGCCUCUGCUGGCUCUGCGGGGUUUCCUUCUCGCUGUAAAUAAAAUAUUUAUUGUGGAUGGUUUGGUGCCGGGGCUCCCCACUCGCCCCGUGCUUCACUGGCCCCAGGCCCUGUUUUUUAUAAUUACAGAUAAUAAUAAUUAAUAAUAAUAAUAAUAAUGCUUUGUUACAGGUGUCACUGAUAGCCUCUAGAGAAGAAUA